ACACUGCUGCGCGUCAACAACAGCAGGAGCAGCGCGAGGAUUGAGUUCAUAAACUCUCAUAAUGAUUAAAUAACAGCGUGUGCAUCGAACUACAGCGCAGAAUAGAGUUGAUCACAUGAUAUAGCGCGUCAUUAAUGCAUCUCUGAGUAAAAUUCAAAGGCAGAAACAUGUCAAAUGAAGAGACGCUUCGCUCUGUAAUGUUCACACUCAGUUACAUGCUGAUGAAGAGGCGGCGCGACGUCACCAACGCAGACGCGCAGCGGCGACGCGAGGUGCAGCGGCGCGUCACACACAGACAGUACUUUCAUCAGAGACACAAGAGGAUGAUUAUGAUGAUGAUCGCUCAAACCUCUCGUCCAAUCAGUGAUGUACCGACACGGCCAACGCGAGUGUGGAGCAACACCGAGAGCACUGAUUGGUGGGAGCGGGUGGUCAUGAGAGAGUUCCAGCCCUCCGAUUGGCUCGAGAAGUUUCGCAUGACUAAAGAGACGUUCUUCCUCCUUUGCGGAAAACUGAAACCCCGCCUCAUUCGGCAAGACACUCGAUUGCGGCCGGCACUGCCCCUGGAGAAGCGGGUGGCCGUGGCGUUGUGGCGCCUCGCCUCAAACGUUGAGUAUCGUACCAUCAGCACGCUGUUCGGCGUGGGCCGCUCCACCGUCUGUAAGUGCGUGCGAGACGUCUGUCACGCCAUCGUGUUGCUGCUGCGCCCGCUGUACCUCCACACGCCCAGUGAGCACGAACUGGAAGACGCGGCCCGAAUGUUCGCCACCCGCUGGGGAUUCCCGCACUGUGUGGGCGUGGUCGGCAGCCUACACGUGCCGAUAAUCGCGCCAUCCAGCAACACGGAUAACUACUGGAACAGUCGCGGGUGGCUGUCCGUGGUCACGCAGGGUGCCGUCAACGGCCUCGGUCAGUUUUGGGAUGUUUGCGCGGGGUUUCCGGGUAACACCGAACAUUCCGCCAUCUUGCAGAACUCCACGUUAUGGGCACGCGCGUGUGACGGCGGCUUUCUGCUGCACGACCCGCCGCUGAACUUCAUGGGGCACCCGCUGGGUUACCUGAUGCUGGGCGACGCGGGGUAUCCGCUCAAGAGCUGGCUGCUAAAGAGUUACCCCGAGUCCAACGAGCUCUCGGCGGGACAGAGGGCACUCAACCGUAAGCUGGAGCGCGCGCGCGGCGUGGUGGACGAGGCGUUCCUGCGUCUGCGAGCGCGCUGGCAGUGUCUGCUGAAACGCAACGAUUGCCGGAUGGAUGUGGUGCCCACCAUGAUUCUGGCGUGCUGCGUCCUGCACAACGUGUGUGAGGUGCACGGCGAUGAGUUUGACGAGCGCUGGGAGGAGGCGGUGCGACACGAGGAGAGCCCGCAGCCCGCUGACGAGGUGUCGCCCGCCGCCGAUGACCCGGACGCAGAAGAAGUCAGAGCUAUGUUCUGUGAAUACUUCCUGCAGCAGGAGAACCAGCAGAGAAAGUUAGCGUGUUGAGAUGACCCACCCGAGCAUGACGACCACCCUGAACAGAGCAACACACACACACACACACACGAAUCGUGAGUUCUGAUUGGACGGUUCACUCUGGAGUCUUCAUAUAGACCCCUUCAGAAUCUAAGUUGGUUAUUCACUUUUAAAUCAUAAGAGCAAUCGUGAAAAUGACAUUUUGUUUUUAACUUUGAGCCGCCUAUAAUAAGUGUUUUAAUGUAAAUUGUAUAAUAAUUAAAAAUGAAUAAUUGUGAUGCAAUAUGAAGGGAAAUAAUGUUUAAUAGCGUCAUCAGGACAGGUUGGCAACAGGGUCUGAAGAGUGCAUAUUAAUGUCACAAUAUAUCAGUAAUUAAUCGUGUUUUAAUAACUGUAUAUGAAUGUGUUUAUGUGAAAGAUAGAACGAGACAUUAAAGAGAUGAAAAGGAUGUGCAUGUGUUUGUGUAGUUUUCAGCAGGUCAUUCUUCAGUGAAGGGUAAAUGUAAGACUGAUGUAAUGCAGUAAAGCGUGUCAGUAAACAUGCACACGUGUGUUUUUAUGCACAAACUGAGUCUUACACAGGAAGCCCUGAUUAACAACGCUUAUUAUAAUGUGCCAUCUGUGUUUAUGAGGGUUUAGAUCAGCACUGAAAUCUGGCACAGGAUUAUAAUGUGGAUUAUAUCUCAGACUCCUGUAUUAGGGUCAAGGGUCAUUUACAGUUAUUAAACCACAGAAUGACCUGUGGAUAAUAUAGUGAUCGUAGUUUGUGUUCAUACUCGUUUAAUAGCACACUGGAUGUCUAAACUCCUGAAUGUAUAAUAUAUGUUUUACUGCCCGAUCACUCAUGAAAGCGAAAUGUGGAGCGGAUUAUCUGUCUCAUAGAACGAGACAUGCACACACACUCUCACACACACACACUCUUACACACACUCUCACACACUCACACACACUCACUCUUACACACACUCACAUGCACACACACUCUCACACACACUCACAUGCGCACA